GGGAUAUUUUCGGAGACGCAUUAGAACUUAGAAGAACUAUUUUGUUAUUAUGUUUGCUAUAAUAAUAUUCACAUGUUGUGUAUGCUUGUGAUUGUUCUGUGUUUACAUUUUCUUUCCAAGUCACUUGCUGUGGUUGUUCUUUGAGUUAAGGCUUUGUAUUUGUGUGUGUGAGAAUGUGUGAUAAUGUUGAAUGAUGUUGCAUCUAGUAGGAGUUCUUGGAGUACCCUUAUCUUUGGUCCUUUAUAAUUUAUUUAUUAUUUUAUUUUAAAACGACUUUUUCGGUUGAACCAUCGGUUGGACCGGUUGAACCAAUGAACCAAUGAACCAGUAAUUAAAGCGGUUUGAUAACUGGUCCAGUUUUCAGAACCUUAAGUAGCCUUGCAAAUCUCUGGAGAAAACAUGCUUCUGUAUAUUCCAAAUUCUAUGUUCAUGCAAUGAAUUUGUGUUUCGUUUGGUCUUGGGCCAUGCAUUAUUAUACAACAAGUGCUUUAAUUGGCUAUAAUGACCCAAUACUAGCCCAUCAGACAAGCCCAAUAACCCACAAUCUGAAAAAAACUUCACUGAGACCUUCGUCGCCGCUGAAUUGGGUUUCGUUGCAGCUGGCUUCAGUAGGAGUUCUUUGUUGCCUCCGUCUGCUCCACCACAAGAUAUCAAAGCGUCCAAGCCACCACUUCAGUCUCAAUGUUCUAUCUAAGCAAGAUUGAACACACAUUGCCAUUGCCUGCUCCUCAGCUAAGUCGUCCAAUUCGAGAAGCUAUACACACUGAACUUGAGAAGCUUUUCUUGGAUAAGGUUAUUGCAAACUUGGGCCUCUGCGUAUCUGUUUAUGAUAUAAAAUCCAUUGAGGGUGGAUUUAUUUACCCCGGAGAUGGUGCUCCAACCUAUACGGUAGUGUUCAAUUUGAUUAUGUUUCGUCCAUUUGUUGGGGAGAUUAUGACUGCAAAGCUUCUUUCGUCUGAUGCUGAUGGCUUAAGAUUAUCACUUGGAUUCUUUGAUGACAUUUAUGUUCCCCUACAGCACCUACCCAGCCCAAAUGAGUUUAAGGCUGAAUCAAAAAAUAGCACAAAAGGAACAUGGUAUUGGAAAUAUGAGGAGCAGUCAUAUCCUGUUGAUGAUAGUGAUAUGAUCAAGUUCCGCAUUCAAAAUGUGACUUAUCCUUCAAUCCCAGUUGAACAACCAAAAGAGUCAAAGCCUUUUGCCCCUAUGCUGGUCACUAUUUUUGAAAAGGUGACUUAUGGCAGCAUCUAUUUUGUAGGGAUCAAUAGAUCAUGACGGACUGGGCCCUGUUUCUUGGUGGCCUGGGCAAGAAGAGGAUGCGGAAGAGGAGGAGGAGGAGGAGACAGCGGCAGAGGAGUAAAUGUGACUAUUUUGUUUAAUCUUCAAUACUAGGCUAUAUAAGAAACAGGUAGUUGAUAGGACCUCAGAUUCAUUCUUGCAUGAUUGCAACUCAACAACACUAAAUAUGCUUAUUUGUUCAAUUCCUUCUGAUAUGUAAUUUUUCUUUCGGGUCUGAUAUGUAAAUUAUUUCAUGAAACCAUUGUUUGCCCAUUUAUUUUUUACCUGAAUUGCUUUUCACAUGCAAGAAGAGGAAAGUGGACUUUAUUCA